AUGACGAAGCCGACAAUACCGGAAAUAGGCAAACUGAGUUAUUUGAAAGAGAUCGACCCCUCCCUCCGCCUGCGCCGCGCAAUCCACCUCAACGAUGCCCCCCUCGUCCGCCGCAUCCUGCGCACCCACCCCGACCUGCUCCACAACCCAGACCACUCCCUGACCGGCAACGCCAACACUAACCUGCAUCUUGCCGCCUCCCUCGGGCACCUCUCUAUCGUCCAACUCCUCAUCUCCCUGGGCCAUGAAUCGCCUACGCCCGCCCUCAACGACGAUCACCAGACCGCAUUAAUGCUGGCCUCUGCGGCGGGGCAUACUGAGGUUGUACAUUUCCUAGCCCAGCAUGAUCCGAGCUGUAUUCUAAGACAAGAUAUGCGCGGCCGUGAUGCGAUAAUGCACGCCUCGUCGUCGGGGCACGACACGGUUGUGCAAAUUUUGUUAACCUACGUCCCCGGCGGGGCCGAAGCCGCGCUCGCGAGGACAGAUAUUGAGGGAAACACGGCGCUGCAUUAUGCCAGUGGGAACGGACAUCUGUUAGUGCUGAGGACGUUGUUGGCGGCAGGGGCCGAUCCGUACAGGAGGAAUGUGUGGAACUGGAGGGCGAGGGAUUAUUGUGCUACGGUGAGGACGGAGGUGUAUUAUGAUAGUCUUGUUCCGAAGGAGGGAGAGAAUGGGAACGGGGCCCCUUCGAGGAGUGGGAGUCCGGAGGCGAGGAAGAAGGGAUUUGGGGCGAGGUUGGUGGGCCUGGAGGUUGGGGAUUAA